AUGAAACACAUUUCUUCAAUUCUCUUGUUUCUCUUUGUGUUCACCCUUGUUGAGUGCUGUUCGGGUAGAAAGAUUGACAGCAACGAAGUUGUUUCAUUGGAACAGGAGAAUGAGAUAAAAACAAGAAAAUCGGGAGAGAAAAAGGAAAUGAAAGAGAACAAAGAAUCGACUGGAAUCCCAUCAACCGAGUCACCAAAAUGGAAAGAAGUGAAUGCGGUUCGCCAUGUUUAUGAAGAUGCUUUGAAUCUGAUGGCUGAAUUGAGAACAUUGGUCAUGGACAAUGAGAUCAAUGAAGAAGAGAGACAUUGGGAGGUCAGUGAUCGAGCAAAUUUAGAAAUCUUUAUGCCUACUGUGCUU